UUCCGAUGUUUUAUUUUUGUUUUUGUCUUAACCUUUCGAGGCUACCAUUGAUUUUAAUUCACUGACGCAUUCUGACAACAUCUCAAAUUCUACUGAUAGUUAAAUUCAAUUCACGCGAAUUCCGCUCAUUAAUUUUACAAAAUGCAGUUGGCAUGCGACACAGUCUCAAGUUAAAACCUUAAAGGGCCUUAAAUCUACAACAACAACUACAACAAUAGAUUAGUGGGUGCGCAAAAACACGAACAGUGAAUAAUCUAUGAUUGCUGAAAGGCGAUUAAGUUGCAUUUAAAUCAAAUGCAGGUAAUUUGUAACGUUCAUGUGCUCCCAGUGCGAUUAUCAAUCUAUUUUGGCAGUUGCCAAUCGCCGGACAAACUGAACGGACAUGGACAACAUUACGGCCGGAAUGGCCGCAAAAGGAGCUGGGGCCGCAGUCCCGAGGAAUCAUAGCAACUAUGUGAUCCCCGGACUUUACGACCUCUCCGUGGAGGACACCAACUGGGUGCUGACCUCCUCCUUCAUCAUCUUCACCAUGCAAACGGGUUUCGGGAUGCUGGAGUCCGGCUGUGUGAGCAUCAAGAACGAGGUGAACAUCAUGAUGAAGAACGUGAUCGACAUUGUGCUGGGUGGGUUCACCUACUGGCUGUUUGGUUACGGAAUGAGCUUUGGCCGGGGUCCGCUCUCCAAUCCCUUCAUCGCCAUCGGAGACUUCCUGUUGGACCCUCCAGUUGGGGAUGCCCUCAUGGGUCAGAUCUUCGCUGCCUUCCUGUUUCAGCUUUCUUUUGCCACUACGGCCACAACAAUUGUCAGCGGAGCGAUGGCAGAACGGUGCAAUUUUAAGGCCUAUUGCCUGUUCUCUUUCCUGAACACGGCUGUAUACUGCAUUCCCGCUGGUUGGGUUUGGGGCGAGCAUGGAUUCCUCAAUAAGAUGGGUGCAGUGGACAUCGCAGGCAGUGGACCGGUCCAUUUGAUUGGAGGCGCCUCCGCCUUUGCCUCGGCCGCCAUGUUGGGUCCCCGUUUGGGUCGCUACUCCGAGGGAUACGAUCCACUGCCACUCGGCAAUCCUGUCAAUGCCUGCAUGGGUCUCUUCGUCCUUUGGUGGGGCUGGUUGGCCUUCAACUCGGGCAGCACCUACGGUGUGAGUGGUGCCAAAUGGCAGUAUGCCGCCAGAGCCGCGGUCAUGACCAUGAUGGGUUCCUUCGGCGGGGGAUUCAUUAGCUCCAUAUAUUCAUUUUGGCGCCAUGGCGGAGGCAUGGAUAUCAUGGAUCUUAUCAACGGAGUGCUCGGCUCCCUGGUGUCCAUCACGGCAGGAUGCUUCCUGUACCGCGCCUGGGAAGCCCUCGUAAUCGGAGCCAUUGGCUCGCUGUUUUGUGUUUUGGCCAUGCCCCUUUUCGAUCGCAUGGGAGUGGAUGACCCGGUGGGCGCCAGUGCCGUGCAUGGAGUAUGCGGGAUUUGGGGAGUAAUUGCCGUGGGACUUUUUGCUGACAAUCCCAUUCCACUGGACACGACCAACGGACGGAGUGGCUUGUUCAAGGGAGGCGGUUGGUAUCUGCUGGGAGUUCAGACACUCUCUGCUUUUUGCCUCUGCUGCUGGGGCAUCUGCUCCACCUUCCUGUUGCUGUAUGUAAUCAACAAGAUAAUACCCAUACGCAUGGAUCCGCACGAGGAGCUGCUGGGCGCUGAUCUCACCGAGCACCGGAUUCGCCACUCGCAAAUUGGCUUGUCUCGCGCCAUCUCUGCCUUGGCUCCCAUCAAAGUGGAUCUCAAGAACAUCGCCGGUAUCCAGCCCAUUGGAAUCAAUCCUGGUCACGAACGGAGCAUCGAUCAGUUAAGAGCGGCGGAGGAUAAACUGCAGCAGUGGCAAUCCUACCUGGAGCAGGUAAGUGCUCCACGGGGCAACAUCAAAAUGGAAGGACAGUCGCAUGCCGACAUCACCUUUAAGCCGAGGACAGCGGGAAACGUCUUUAGUCGGAGGAUUCCCGCCCGGAAGAGCAUCAGUGGUGGCCUCUACAGACCCAACAACUCCGAGUUUCCGGUAAUUGGUCAGGCACCCAAGAUGGACAAGGACCCAAACUUUGCCUGGGUAGAUUGAGAAUCCCUUAAUCGCAUUCGUUAAUUUAGAUUCUAAGCACUGCUUGUUAGACAAAAAACAGUCAACUAAAAUAUGUGAUGAAAUUUACUUGAACAAAUUGUUCUCUCUAGAAGUUUCAGCUACGUCAGCUUAAUUUAUCAUGCACAGAAAAAUCUAGACUUUGCUUAGCAGAAAUAUAUGAAUAGUGACAAAUCGCCUUAACAAUUUUAAAAGAAGAUACCAACAGAGUAUCUUAGAAAUUCGAAUGUUGGGCACCCCAUUAAUAAUUCCAUCACAUUAUAAUUUUUCAAGUAAGCAUACAAUGCAUUCCAACUAUUUGUCGCAUAGAGUAACAUUAGUUUAAAAGCGAAAGCCCACCAGCCCUGAUAAUCUAGCACAAAUCAACUUGUAUUCUAGAAAAAAUCACCUUAUCUCUACUUAUCAACAUCUGCGGUUUCCCAACGAACAGAUAUGUACAUAUGUAUGUCUGCGUCUACUCAAACAUGUUCAGGGAACGAGAUAAGAUAAAACUCACUGCUACUACAAAUACUAUUCGAGAUAUCCAAAGUGCACGAACAUAAUUAUAUGAAUGCACAUAAUUCCUAAAAUAGUUCGCCUUAAGCCCGAAAAAGUUUUUUGUGCAACAAUAAAAUUCAUCAGCUUUUGCAA